GGACCUGGGCUGGGGCCGAGGGAAGCGGCAUGCCAGCACUGUCAGCGGGCAAACCUAAGAGGAAAAGCGGGCCUGGUCUCGGCCCCAUUCCUGUUCCCCACCUGUCUCUACCCUUUUCUUCCCUUUCCCUGGCCCUGCCAGACUCUGUCUCCCUGGGUGCCCGCCUCCCCUCCCCUGGAGGGCGGGGCUUGGCUGCACCCACGUGUGUUGGAGUUAUAUGCUCCCAGCCGGCAGAGGAGCUGGGGAGAGUGGCACCCAGCUGGUGGCUCAGGCAGCGAAGCGGCACCAUGGCCGGCAAGAAAGUCUGCAUUGUAGGCUCUGGUAACUGGGGCUCAGCCAUCGCCAAGAUUGUGGGUGGCAAUGCAGCCCAGCUGGCACGCUUUGACCCACGGGUGAUCAUGUGGGUGUUUGAGGAAGACGUCGGGGGCAGAAAGCUGACAGAGGUCAUCAACACACAGCAUGAGAAUGUCAAAUACCUGCCAGGGCACAAGUUGCCCCCCAAUGUGGUGGCUGUCCCAGAUGUGGUCCAGGCUGCAGUGGAUGCUGACAUCCUGAUCUUCGUGGUACCCCAUCAGUUCAUUGGCAAGAUCUGUGAUCAGCUCAAGGGCCACCUGAAGGCAGACGCCAUUGGCAUAUCUCUUAUUAAGGGGGUAGACGAGGGCCCCAACGGGCUGAAGCUCAUCUCUGAAGUGAUUGGGGAGCGCCUUGGCAUCCCCAUGAGCGUCCUGAUGGGGGCCAACAUUGCCAGCGAGGUCGCUGAUGAGAAGUUCUGUGAGACAACCAUUGGCUGCAAGGACCUGGCCCAGGGACAGCUUCUGAAAGAGCUGAUGCAGACACCCAAUUUCCGCAUCACGGUGGUGCAAGAGGUGGACACAGUAGAGAUCUGUGGGGCCUUAAAGAAUAUAGUGGCCGUGGGGGCUGGCUUCUGUGAUGGGCUGGGCUUUGGCGACAACACCAAGGCGGCCGUGAUCCGACUGGGGCUCAUGGAGAUGAUCGCCUUCACCAAGCUCUUCUGCAGUGGCCCUGUGUCCUCUGCCACCUUCUUGGAGAGCUGUGGUGUUGCUGAUCUCAUCACUACCUGCUACGGAGGGCGGAACCGCAAGGUGGCCGAGGCCUUCGCCCGCACUGGAAAGUCCAUUGAGCAGCUGGAGAAAGAGAUGCUGAAUGGGCAGAAGCUGCAGGGGCCCCAGACAGCCCGGGAGCUACACAGCAUCCUCCAGAACAAGGGCCUGCUGGACAAGUUCCCUCUGUUCAUGGCUGUGUACAAGGUAUGCUACGAGAACCAGCCAGUAGGUGAAUUCAUCCGCUGCCUGCAGAAUCAUCCAGAACAUAUGUGAGCAGGGCUGGGGCCCAGGCCAGGCAGCCUCUUUACCCCAACGGAGACAGGCAGAAGCUUGGGGUGCCUGGCCACCACGAUCUCUGGGACUCCCCACACAGCAGCAUCUUCUCAGCUUUUCACUGGAGGACAGGUGCCUGUGGGCCCGGCCACCUGCCUGGACAUCCUGAAGCACAAGCAGCCCGCAGCCUCCUGCCACCACAUCGCACCAGAAAUGCAGUUGCCUAGUCCCUCUCCAUAUGUGGGGCUUUCUCCCUGUCCUCCUCCCAGAGGAGGGGUAGAAUCAGCCCCAGUGCUGCCUGCUUUGGGUAUGUGGGGGGAGGAGGGGAGGGGAGGGAGGCAAGGCAAGGGCUGCUUACUGCUGCCUCACACAGACCAGGACUCCUGUCCCCAAGCCCAGUUAAUGGCUAAAGAAGUACCUCAGCUGCAAGAGGGAUGAGGCAAGGGCUGCAGGGAGGGGUCUGGGCUUUCGGGCUGACAUAGACCUCUGCCAGGCCCCACAUGGCAUCAAUGGAUCUCAGUGUUUGUUCGCAAAAUACAAAGAUCUCAAACAA